AGUGAACUUCUGCAAGAGUUGGAAAACUGUGAAAAUGAUCCUGUGGCCAUAGCAGAAUGUUUUGUGUCCAAGAGUGAAGAUUUCCACAUUUAUACCCAGUAUUGCACUAACUAUCCGAGAUCUGUGGCUGUGCUAACAGAGUGCAUGAGGAACAAGAUGCUGGCCAAGUUCUUCAGGGAACGUCAGGAAACUCUGAAACACUCACUGCCUCUGGGGUCCUAUCUCUUGAAACCAGUUCAGCGGAUUCUCAAGUAUCAUCUCCUUUUACAUGAAAUAGAAAACCACCUUGACAAGGACACAGAAGGCUAUGAUGUGGUGCUCGAUGCCAUAGACACGAUGCAGCGAGUAGCCUGGCACAUCAACGACAUGAAGAGGAAACACGAGCACGCCGUCCGCUUACAGGAGAUACAGAGUUUGCUCACGAACUGGAAGGGGCCAGACCUGACCAGCUACGGGGAACUGGUCCUCGAAGGAACCUUCCGCAUCCAGCGGGCUAAGAAUGAGCGGACGCUCUUCCUCUUUGACAAGCUGCUUCUCAUCACAAAGAAGAGAGACGACACGUUUACAUACAAAGCACACAUCCUGUGUGGCAACCUCAUGCUCGUGGAAGUGAUCCCAAAGGAGCCGCUCAGCUUUAGUGUCUUCCACUAUAAGAAUCCCAAGCUGCAGCACACAGUUCAGGCCAAAUCCCAGCAAGACAAACGCCUCUGGGUUCUGCACCUCAAGAGACUCAUCCUGGAGAAUCAUGCAGCAAAGAUUCCAGCUAAGGCCAAGCAAGCAAUACUUGAAAUGGACGCCAUUCACCAUCCAGGCUUCUGCUACAGUCCUGAGGGGGAGACCAAAGCAUUCUGUGGUUCUAAAGAAGGUUCUGCUCCGUAUCGGCUGAGAAGAAAAUCUGGUAAAUUGGAUGUCGCAAUCAAAAUGUAUCACUUACGGAGGACUGCCCAAGACAUCCAAAAGGUGUCUAGAGAGGAAGGAUCUCCCCAGCUGACUUCAGCAGGGCCAUCUCCUGCCCAGAGGAACAGUCAGCCGAGCAGUUCUGCCAUUAUCAGCGUGCUUCGUGGGGGUGGAGCUAUCAGAAACAUCUGGACUGAUCACCAGAUUAGACAAGCCUUGUUUCCCAGCCGACGGUCACCGCAGGAGAAUGAGGAUGAAGAUGAUUAUCAGAUGUUCGUGCCGUCCUUUUCCUCCUCAGAUUUGAACUCUACCCGACUGUGUGACGAUAGCACUUCCAGUCGCCCUUGCAGCUGGCAUAUGGGACAGAUCGAGUCCACAGAGACCUCCAGCUCUGGCCACAGGAUUGUCAGGCGUGCCAGCAGUGCCGGCGAGAGUAACACGUGCCCCCCUGACAUAAGAAUUAGGGACAGCGAUGGCUCUCAGUAUAGUCCCCAAAGGGAACUGCAGAACAGCCUUAAAACAGAGGAGCAGGAAGGGAUGACUCCUUUUGGGUCAUCUAUAGAGUUGACUAUUGAUGACAUAGACCAUGUCUACGAUAACAUAAGUUAUGAGGACUUAAAACUAAUGGUGGCUAAACAGCAAGAAGCAGAAUCCACUCCCCCCAAAUCAGCCAGGGACUCUGUUCGCCCCAAGAGUACCCCAGAGUUAGCCUUCUCAAAGAGGCAGGCUGGCCACACUAAGAGCUCACUUCACACGAAACGAGAUGGCACUUUCACAGGUCGAGAGGCCUUGAACCAAAGCACACAUGAACUCCAGGUGGUCGAGGAAAACAUCUAUGACACUAUUGGGCUCCCAGAUCCACCACCACAGGAUUUCAAAUGCAGCAGCCUCAAGCGUUCAAAGAGGAGCACCUUUCUGGGGCUGGAAGCCGACUUUGCAUGCUGUGACAGUCUGAGGCCCUUUGUGUCCCAGGAUAGCCUCCAGUUUAGCGAGGACGAAACUCCGUACCCUCCCAGUGCCCCUGAGCAUGAUUAUCUGAGCUUGCUGUACGGCUCCUCCAGCUGUAACUUGUCCUUAGCUGAUGACACUGUAUCUGAUAAACUAUCUGAAGAAGUAGAUGAAAUCUGGAAUGACCUGGAAAAUUAUAUCAAGAAAAAUGAAGACAAAGCUAGAGACCGUCUCCUCGCGGCAUUUCCCGUGAGCAGAGAUGACGUGCCAGACAGGGUGCAUGCCCAGAGCACCCCUGAGCUGAGCAGGGAUGCGGCACGGUGCACGUCCACGCUGUCCCUGUCUGAGAGCCAGCCCUUCCUCGCGCCCGUGAGAAGCGGGGCCAUCAGAGCUGGCCGGCCCAGCUGCCCAUUCAAAGAAGACCUGAUUUCCAAAGAAGGCUCCCUCUUGAGUCUUCACCGGCUCUCUCUGGCCUGUGAAAUGCCUCCCACGGACAGUCCCUAUGACUUGGCCAACACCAGUCUGUCUCAAACAGACCUCGAAAACCCUGACCCUGGGAUGGAUGGCACAGAUAAGACAAAAAGCAGGGUUUUCAUGAUGGCAAGGCAGUACAGUCAGAAGAUCAAGAAAGCAAAUCAACUUUUAAAAGUGAAAAGUCCAGAGUUGGAGCAGCCACCAGCUGGUCAGCAGCAUAAAUCUGAGCCCAAAGACCUGGCCUCCAUCCUGGAAGAGAAGAGGCAAGGAGGGCCGGCCAUCGGUGCCAGGAUUGCUGAGUAUUCCCAACUCUAUGACCAGAUUGUCUUCAGAGAGACUCCCCUUAAGUAUCAGAAGGAUGGCUGGGCCCGCCCUCCAGAGGCCUCCGUCCCCAGGUCUGCGUCUCCUUCCCAGGCCCAACAUGGUAGAGAGGAUUGGCUUUGGCCUUCAACCUAUAGUAAUGGAGAACUAGCAGAUUUCUGUCCCCGGCCAGAGCAAGACAUAAGGUCAAAAUAUCCCACUUUUGAGACCAGUACAAGAAGUACUUCUAGACAGUUGUCUGCAGCUUGCUCUGUACCUUCUCUUCAAACCUCUGACCCUCUGCUGGGCUCCACACAGAGGUGCAGUGUGGUAGUAAGUCAGCCCAACAAAGAGAACUCAUGUCAGGGCCAUCUUUACAACUCGUUGGGUCGGAAAGGAAUCAGUGCUAAAUCUCAGCCUUAUAACAGGUCCCAGUCAUCUUCUUCCAUCUUGAUAAACAAAUCAAUGGACUCCAUCAACUACCCCAGUGAAAUGGAAAAGAAACCGCAGCGGUCUUUGCACAAAAGCUCAAGGUGUGAGAGUCACCAGAAUUUGCUGCCAGGUAUUGCUGACUCAUGUCAACAGGGCACUGAAAAACACUCAGAUCUUACACUCCGAGACUCACAGAAGGUUCUGGUAGUAAAUAAAAAUGUACCCUUAAAUAUCCAAAUAGCGACACAGAACUAUUUUUCCAAUUUCAAAGAGACUGAAGGAGAUGAAGAUGACUAUGUAGAAAUAAAGUCAGAAGAAGAAGAGACAGAGUUGGAACUAUCUCAUAAUCGUAGAAGGAAAUUGGACUCCAAGAUUGUGGAUGCUGACUUUUCUGAUAAUAACUGCAGCAGUGACGCAUCUUACUCUUUGAAUAGUCCAUGCACUCCAAAAAAGCCAAUAAAUAGCAAACUUGGGCUUUCACCAUAUCUGACAUCAUAUAAUGAUUCUGACAAACUGGAUGACUAUCUUUGGAGGGGGCCAUCUCCCAAUCAACAAAAUAUUGUCCAGUCUCUAAGGGAAAAAUUUCAGUGUCUUAGUUCAAGCAGCUUUGCCUAAACUCUUAAUAAUAAUAGCUGCCUGAAUCAACAACUUCUUAUGCUCAUAAGUUACAGAUGAGGUGUUUUAUAUGUACCAGAUUAAAACAAUUUUGUAAUAAUGAGAGGUGUAAAAUAUACUUUCCUUUACAGCACAACUUUUUGAAAUGGCUGACAGUGCAGCCAGGAUUGUACUGUAGCAAAUGUCAGCAUCUAACAGUAUAUUUUCUGAUGCUGAUUGUCUCCCUAUAUGAUGCAAGUCAAUCUUACUUGAAAAUUUUGGGGCUUUUCUUUUUUUUAACUUGAUGACCAUGAUAUAUAUUUUUUUCAUAUCCUGACAAUAAUGCUCAUACUUUAAGAAAUGCAAUAAUCCUCUCAUAUUAUCCAGAAGCCCCAAGUAGUUUUAUCUUACAAUUUAAAGGCAACAAGGAGAGUUUUUCAUAUGUUUUAGAAGGAAAGGAAACUAAAGCUAUUUAAAGAAUGAUGCUUAUAUCUGACAUUGUUGCUACAUUUGUGACAAGACCCUAGAAUAACUUAAGGUCAGAGAUCUCUAACUGCAAUGCUCAUUUUAGGGUUUCUAUGCUGGUAUUCCUAUAUCAUUUCAUUUUAAUGCAGAAAUUGUGAGACUAUGAGAAAUUAAAAUGUAGCAGGGCCAAUUUGCUAAAAGCAGAAGUUUUUACCUGGAUUCCUGGACAAGGCCUGGACAAUGUGCUGCUCAUCAUGUUUAUUAUAUUAUUUAUGGUGCAAAAUGAAUGAUGCCCUUAACAGCUUAAAGAAAAUGCAAAUUAACUACUAGAAAAGAUGAGAUGACUCCUGGAAACAAUUGAUUAUCUCUUCAUAUUACAGUUAAAAAAAGAAAAACAAAAACAACAAAAAACCCUCCAUACCAUUGUGUGUGCCCAUCUGUAAUCAACAUAAAGUAAACCAUAAGCUAAAAUAAGGCAAAGUACUUUAAAGUUACCCUUUCCAGGGGUGGCCACUUAGCUCUCUUGGUUAGAGCAAGGUGCUGAUAACACCAAGGUCAAGGGUUCCAAUCCCCUUACUGGCCAGCACCAAAAAACAAAGCCUUUCCAGAGCAGUUUUUCAUAUGCACCUUCAUGAAUUUUGGACUCUGCCAAAUGACCUGUUUGAUCCUAGGACUGAGGAGUCACUGGCUGCAGAAAUGGGACAAGAAUUUAUUUUCUAAGCCAUCCAUAACUUUGGAGCCUUUUUUCAUUGUUUUGAGGCAUAUACAAAAACAGAAUCUUUGGUUACUAGGUUCUGACUAAUCCCAUCUUUUAUGUUGUAAUUAAGGUCUUUAAACAGCAUUCCAUUGUGAUAUUAUAUACCAGUCUAGCUCCUUAUGGAGGGGAAUAGAAGAACAAAAGCAGGACGUCGUGAGUAAAAAGCAAACUAAAGAGAAAAAUGAAGGUACAUUUAUUGCUACUUUAUAAAAAUAUCCUAUUUUAUUGAAGAGUCCGGUUAAUGCAGCAAGAAUGUUUUCUCAAACAGUGGCCUUUGUAUUCUCAUCUCAAGCAGUUGUACAUUCUGUGGCUGUUUCCUACCCUUUGAGUUUUCAUUUUAAAAGAUACAAUAAUAUGUGUAGGAAAAGGGGCCAGGGCUUUCAUAUAAAGGUAAACAAUAUUGAAUCAGUGACGUCUCUGCAUAGCUCUUUUCCUCUGUUUAAGUCUUAUAUCUCUUUUUCUUAACUGUAAAGCAUAAAAUGUGACUAUAUUUUACAAAUAGGUACCUAAAGGCAUUUUUUUUUUAAAUAACAUAAAAUAACCCAAGUUUCUUCUCCAAACUAUUCUUUCUCCUUGUAGCUUAUAAAAACAAAGUCCAUAUUGAAUAGCAUGGUCCUGGAAAUAUUCCUUCUUUCAUUGCCUUUAUUUAAACAUGAUAUGAGUUUUCAAGAUUAAACAGUAUCAAAAAUGACAAGCGCUGUAAGAAAGAUGUUCAUAGACUUGCUGGAUGUAUAUGUAAGUGUGUUUGCAUUACCCACAAAAAAAACAAAGUUCCCUGACUCUUCUUCCAGAAAUGCGGUGUCCCAUCUUUGCUUUUUAGUGUCUAUGACCCAAAUUCUGUAUACGCCAUAUUAUUAUUGUGUUUGGCUAUUAGAAAUUAAUUCACACCGGUGUCUUGUUGCACGACUUCGAUGUCGCCUGUAGGAAAACACCCUGCUGCACAAGGAUGGUUAUCUUAUUGUAUAAAAUGCCUAUGUGGUUCUUUAGGUUCUAGGAGAAAUGUGUAGUUUCAUAGAUACCCCUGUUGGCCCAGAUGCAGAUUUUGAGAGCUGUGUGUAUAUAUAUAAUCAUGUUUGUAUUUUCCCCACAGUUAUUAAGUGCUUUUGUUUAGAGUAGGUUUUUUUUGGAGGUGGGGUGGGGAAUGUAUAUAAUUGGGGGAAGAAAGUUAUAUGUUCUUAAAAGUAUGUCAAGUUCUGUUAGGUUCCUGUACUGAAGUUUCAAUUUUUUUAAUAAAUUCACUUUUCACCUACUUUAUUCUUUGGGGGGUUGGAGGGAAUGCACCUAGGAAAACAUAGUUUAAAUACUGUAUAUAAGAUAAUGAAAGUUAGUAAUGCCUAUUAUUUAAUAAAAUUUGUAAAAUACAAAGUAAA